CCUCUCCGGGGCGGAGGUGAGGACCUCCUUGGUUCCUGUAGUUCUGUCAGUGAGCCCCUUCCUUGGUCAUGAAGCUCGUGAGGAAGAACAUCGAGAAGGAUAAUGCAGGCCAGGUGACCCUGGUCCCCGAGGAACCUGAGGACAUGUGGCACACUUACAACCUCGUGCAAGUGGGCGACAGCCUGCGCGCCUCCACCAUCCGCAAGGUACAGACCGAGUCCUCCACGGGCAGCGUGGGCAGCAAUCGGGUCCGCACUACCCUCACUCUCUGCGUGGAGGCCAUCGACUUCGACUCUCAAGCCUGCCAGCUGCGGGUUAAGGGGACCAACAUCCAAGAGAAUGAGUAUGUCAAGAUGGGGGCUUACCACACUAUCGAGCUGGAGCCCAACCGCCAGUUCACCCUAGCCAAGAAACAGUGGGAUAGUGUGGUUCUGGAGCGCAUCGAGCAGGCCUGUGACCCAGCCUGGAGCGCUGAUGUGGCAGCUGUGGUCAUGCAGGAAGGCCUCGCCCAUAUCUGCUUAGUCACUCCCAGCAUGACCCUCACUCGGGCCAAGGUGGAGGUGAACAUCCCUAGGAAAAGGAAAGGCAAUUGCUCUCAGCAUGACCGGGCCUUGGAGCGGUUCUAUGAACAGGUGGUCCAGGCUAUCCAGCGCCACAUACACUUUGAUGUUGUAAAGUGCAUCCUGGUGGCCAGCCCAGGAUUUGUGAGGGAGCAGUUCUGCGACUACAUGUUUCAACAAGCAGUGAAGACCGACAACAAACUGCUCCUGGAAAACCGGUCCAAAUUUCUUCAGGUACAUGCCUCCUCCGGACACAAGUACUCCCUGAAAGAGGCCCUUUGUGACCCUACUGUAGCUAGCCGCCUUUCAGACACUAAAGCUGCUGGGGAAGUCAAGGCCUUGGAUGACUUCUAUAAAAUGUUACAACAUGAACCGGAUCGAGCUUUCUAUGGACUCAAGCAGGUGGAGAAGGCCAAUGAAGCCAUGGCAAUUGACACAUUGCUCAUCAGCGAUGAGCUCUUCAGGCAUCAGGAUGUAGCCACACGGAGCCGGUAUGUGAGGCUGGUGGACAGUGUGAAAGAGAAUGCAGGCACCGUUAGGAUAUUCUCUAGUCUUCACGUUUCUGGGGAACAGCUCAGCCAGUUGACUGGGGUAGCUGCCAUUCUCCGCUUCCCUGUUCCCGAACUCUCUGACCAAGAGGAUGAUUCCAGUUCUGAAGAGGAUUAAUGAUUGAAACUUAAAACUGAGACAAUCUUGUGUCUCCUAAACUGUUACAGUACAUUUCUCAGCUUCCUUGUGACAGAAAGCUGCAAGAAUGGCACUUUUUUAUUCAUACAGGGAUUUCUUAUGUAUUUGGCUACACUAGAUAUUUUGUGAUUGCCAGAACAUGUAUUUAAACAAUAAACUAAAAGGAAAUAA